AUGUUUUUAGAUUGGACCAAGCUGCAGAUUUUCUAUGAUGGCCUCUCUGAGAUGGCUAAGAUGUCUUUGGACAACUCUGCAGGAGGUUCCUUACACACGAAGAAGAUGCCUGAAGAGGCCAAUAAGCUCCUUGAGAUGGUUGCUAACAACCAAUAUCUUUAUUCUUCUAAGAGGAACCUUGUGAAUCCGGGUAAUCCAAUGAAGAAAGAAGUUAUAGAGGUGGACACUCUGGAUGCCAUUCUGACUCAGAAAAAAAUCAUGUCACAAGAGAUCAAUAUGAUUUCUCAGCACUUGAGUGGGAUGCAAGUCUCGACUAUUAGUACUCAAGAUGCAUCCUAUGACAUGAGUGGAGGCUUCAACCAAGGAAGAAUUAUGGCAUCCACUCAGCCUCAGAAUACUCCUGACGUGGCCUCUCUAGUUGCAGAACUUUCUAAGACUACACAUAGCUUUAUGCAAGAAACUAGAGCUUCCAUUCAGAACUUGAAAGUACAAAUAGGUCAGUUGAGUAAGAAGAUACCUAAGAAAUCCCCCAACACUCUUCCGGGUGACCCAGAGGUAAACCCAAGAGAAGAAUGUAAGGCCCUCACAAUGGAUAAUGAAUCCAUCCUAAAGAAGAAGGUGCAAGUUGCUAAGGGGUCAGAGGAGAAAGAAGCUUCAAGACAGGCUGGAGUUACAUUGCCACACGCCCCACAUAGAGCACCUAUCCAAGAGCCUGAAGCACCACACCUUCAGAAGCUCCAAGAGGAGACCAAGGAUGAGCAGUUCUCUCAAUUCUUGGAAGUCUUUAAAAAGUUACAAAUUAAUAUUUCUUUUGUUGAGAUUCUAGAUAAGAUGCCUCCAUAUGCUGCAUUCAUGAAGGACUUACUCUCUGAGAAGAAAGCCUUAAAGGGAGAUGAAACAGUAGUGCUGACCAAGGAAUAUAGUGCCCUCAUUCAGAGCAAGCUACCAAACAAGAUGCCAGAUCCAGGGAGCUUUCAAAUUCCCUGUACUAUUGGGAAUAUCACUUUUGACAAAGUUCUUUGUGAUCUUGGCUCAAGUAUUAAUCUGAUGUCAUUGUCUGUGAUGCAGAAGCUGCAAAUUCAAGAAGCACAGUCUACAAGGAUAGCAUUGGAGAUGGCUGAUAAAUAUAUGAAACAGGCAUAUGGACUAGUGGAAAAUGUCUUGGUCGAGGUUGGAGAACUAUUCUUCCCUGCAAAUUUUAUAGUACUUGAUAUGGGAGAAGAUGCAAAUGACUUUAUCAUACUAGAAAGACCAUUUCUGGCCAUUGGAAGAGCCUUAAUUGAUGUUGAGAGAGGUGAAUUAGUCUUGAAGCUAUGGGAAGACUAUUUGGUAUUCAAGGUUUUUAAACCUUCACCUUUCUCUGGAGAAGGAAGUACUUGCAUGCAGAGCUCAUUGUUUAAGCCUUCUCCCUUGGUGGAGACCCAUACAGUACCCCCUGACAACACACCGAAGUUUAGUGUUGGGCAUUCACCACCCACUAAGGAGGGAGGGGGUCCCAAGAAGAAGGUACCGAAGGGAUGGAGGAACAAAAAGAUUCCCACUAAAGACUUCUCACCUGGGAUGAGAGUGGAUCAGCAAGACCGCCUUAUCGUUCUGCAUAGUAUCAUUCAAUCUUCUGCCAAAUAG